AGAUAGGUCGUCUGCUGCAGAGCAAAUUCAGUCAUCGAAGUUCUCUCCAGCUGUUGAAACGUAUUCUUGUGUCUAGAGAUUUAGUAUUAUUUUAUAUAAAAUGAGAGAAAUAGUUCAUAUCCAAGCUGGUCAAUGCGGCAACCAGAUCGGUGCAAAGUUCUGGGAAGUUAUCUCAGACGAACACGGCAUCGACCCAACAGGUACUUAUCACGGCGAUUCCGAUCUGCAGUUGGAAAGGAUAAAUGUAUAUUACAAUGAAGCCACUGGCGGCAAAUACGUACCUCGAGCAAUCCUCCUCGAUUUGGAACCUGGUACGAUGGACUCCGUACGAUCUGGUCCCUUCGGACAGUUAUUUAGGCCCGAUAAUUUUAUUUUUGGACAAAGUGGCGCUGGGAACAACUGGGCUAAAGGUCACUACACAGAAGGUGCGGAGCUGGUGGAUACCGUCUUAGAUGUAGUAAGGAAAGAAGCCGAAAGCUGCGAUUGCCUACAAGGAUUCCAACUUGCUCAUUCGCUAGGCGGCGGCACUGGAUCCGGCAUGGGAACGCUACUCAUAUCCAAAAUCAGAGAAGAAUACCCUGACAGAAUCAUGAACACAUUUAGCGUCAUGCCUUCCCCUAAGGUAUCCGACACAGUAGUAGAACCUUACAAUGCAACUCUUUCUGUUCAUCAAUUAGUCGAAAACACCGAUGAAACCUACUGCAUCGACAAUGAAGCUUUGUACGACAUAUGCUUCCGUACACUGAAGCUUACAACACCUACUUACGGAGAUCUUAACCAUCUCGUAUCUGUCACAAUGUCCGGAGUUACCACUUGUUUAAGGUUCCCAGGCCAACUUAAUGCCGAUCUCAGAAAAUUAGCUGUCAACAUGGUUCCUUUCCCCCGACUUCACUUUUUCAUGCCUGGCUUUGCUCCUCUAACCUCUAGAGGCAGCCAACAAUACAGAGCACUUACAGUUCCAGAGCUUACCCAACAGAUGUUUGAUGCCAAGAACAUGAUGGCUGCCUGCGAUCCUAGACACGGCAGGUACUUAACUGUUGCCACUAUCUUCAGAGGACGAAUGAGCAUGAAAGAGGUUGACGAACAAAUGCUUAAUGUACAGAACAAAAACAGUAGCUACUUUGUCGAAUGGAUUCCAAAUAACGUGAAGACUGCCGUUUGUGAUAUUCCUCCUCGUGGUCUUAAAAUGUCUGCUACCUUCAUUGGUAACAGCACAGCCAUUCAAGAACUCUUCAAGAGAAUUUCGGAACAGUUCACAGCUAUGUUCCGCCGGAAAGCUUUCUUGCAUUGGUACACUGGUGAAGGUAUGGAUGAAAUGGAAUUCACUGAAGCUGAAUCUAACAUGAAUGAUUUGGUGUCGGAAUACCAGCAAUACCAAGAGGCCACAGCUGAUGACGAGGGAGAUUUCGAAGAUGAAGAACAAGCAGUUGGAGAAACAGCUUAAGAUUUCGCUCUUAUAUACCGUUAUUCCAUAGAGGACCAAAAUUUUAUAACUGGAUUAGAAUCCUAACUUACUUAGCUAUUUAACCCUGCAGUCUCAGUUGUAUCUUACAGUUGUUUCGUAUAAACGUAAACCAGUAUUGACAUAAAUGUACUACAUUCCAAUCCGUUUACUGUUACCAGCAAGUAUCCGGCUUUUUCUCUUUAACUAAAAUGUUUUUUUUUUUUUUUUUUUUUUUUUUUUUUUUUUUUUUUUUUUUUUUUUUUUUUAAGUGCAUUACUUUUGGAUAAGCGUGUGUUUAUCACCUAAUUAAUGCUAGCACUUAAGUCUUCUUAAACAGCGUCACUUUCGAUAAAAUUUUCCCCGAAGCGAAGAUUUCUAUCUGAGGGUGAAAGUUAAAUCUUGAAUUCGUGAAAUGAAUUUGUCUAUAUCAGCAUUAAAUCAAAAUGAAAAUCUAAUUUUCUAGAACUUUUAAACGAAUCAAAUCUAGCACUGCUAAAUCAAAAUUCAUUCUUAUGCAGCUACACUGUUUCCGUUACAUGUUUCUUUUUGAAUAAAAGCUGUUUUUUGAGAA